AUGGCAAAUCCUGUCACUGCAGAUGAGGCAUCGGAAAAGCGCAUACAGGAUUCUAUUGUUCAUGAGAAACAAGAUUUCGAGCUGAAGGCCGAGCUACAAUCCAAGUCAUCAGUGGAUAUAUCGACCAAGGAUGAGAAGUCUCUGGUGGUAAAUUCGAGAAACGCGGAUAUAACGUUAUCGUUUCUCUUGAAGCAUGACAAGGAUGUCCCUCCUAUCACAGAAGCCGAGGAAAAGAAGCUUGCACGAAAGGUUAUGUGGUACAUCGUGGGACUGACGGCGAGCAUUAAUUUCAUCACCUACAUAGACAAGGCGCAAUUGUCCUACAGCACUCUGUUAGGAUUUUUUGAAGAUGUAAACAUGUCCUUGAAUCGUUACAACAAUGUGAAUACCUUAUUCUACGUUGGCUAUAUUACCGGACAGAUCAACUUGCUGUUUAUCCAGAAGUUUCCUUUGAAGAACGUUGUUAUCGUCCUCCUGACGAUAUGGUGCAUCAUUAUGAUGGUACAAUGUGCAAUGACGGAUUACAAAGGUGUAUAUGUUCUUCGUCUCUGCUUAGGUUUCACGGAGGCUAUUAUCAUUCCUGCAUUGAACAACACAAUGCUGAUGUUCUUAACAGAGAAUGAAAAGGCAGCGACCGCCCCGAUUUUUGUUAUCGCGACGGUCAGUGUAUCCAUACCAAUGGGCGUCCUUUCCUACUUGAUCCUGCUGAUAAAGAACCCAGCUAUCUCACAUUGGAAAAUUCUGUCAAUUAUAAUCGGCAGCCUAACGUUUGUGGUAGCGCUCGUAGCGCUAUAUCUAUACCCGAAUAACCCAACCGAUGCCAAGUUCCUGUCGCUGAAGGAAAAGGUGUGGGUUAUCCGUAGAGUCCAAGAUACAACUGGCUCGUCCAUCGAGCAGAAGAAGAUCAAGAAACACCAGAUUAUCGAGGGUCUACGGGAUCCGAUCUCGUGGCUGUUCUUGCUUUUCUUUGCUACCCAACAGCUUGCGAACAAUCUGUCCUACCAACGUAACCUCCUACUGAAGAGCGCCGGCCACAUAGACGACAUGCACGCCUCCUUGAUUUCCUCGUCAUCUGGCGGCCUCGCAGUCAUUGGCUCCCUGGUCGCCAGUUUCAUCAUGUUCAAAAAGAAGAACUUCACUGCCUACACUGUGGUAUUGUGGAGUAUCCCGUCCUUCAUCGGCUGUGUGGCGAUGAUGGCACUACCCGACAAUGCGCACAUCGCCAUGGUCGUCAUGAUCUGCAUUGCCUCGUCCACCGAUGGAAUCCCCUGGAUCAUGAUGAUCAGCUGGAGCACAACGUCCACCUCUGGUUACUCGAAGCGGCUGACCCGUAUUGGCAUGGUUAUGGUCGGAUACAGUAUUUCAAACCUCAUUUCCCCCCAACUGUGGCAGGAGGCGCACGGCCCUCGCUACUACCCCGCAUGGGCGGUCCAAUUAUCACUUUCAUUCUUCUUUGCGCCUGCGCUGGCAAUACUCAUUCGUAUCAUUCUGGCCAGAAGGAAUAAAGAACGUCUAGCGCUGGCUAGCGACAACUUGGGUGCUGUGGAAAUAGAUGGAGACCUUGUGAAGACCAACUUGGCGAUGCUUGACCUAACAGACCUGGAAAACAAACAUUUCAUCUAUCCUUUGUAA